UAGUAUGGCUCGGUUCUCAAUGGUUAAUAAGAGGGAUUUUCCGGUUUGUGUACAUACAGAAUUCUUAAUUGCCAAUGAGAACUCAACAUGACAGCAUCAACCAGCAAAAUGGAUAAUUCUGGAAAUUAUAGAAAGAAAACAUAUAACUAAAUUUCGAACACAAACGUUAUGUGUAUGACUUCCAAUAUGUACGACCUAAUGAAUUGGACAAUUUUGUUAUUUAGUGUUACCAUGAUAAGGUGCAAUCAAGGUGGAAAGGGUAACCCUCUGAAAAAGCAGCUGCUGGACAUCGGACUGAAAAUAGAUGAGCUCGAUUUCAAGGUGGAUGACGUGAAAAACCACCUCGUGGAGCAAGACAAGACCAUGAAGUUCGAUAGAACCAGAAAUAAUGAAGUCAUUGAACAACUUGCUGACCGUAUAAACAAAUUAAUAGAAAUUGUCAAAUAUCAUUUUGCACAAGAUUCCAUUACGAGAGAUGAUAUUUACACAAUAGAUAUUGUCUCCAACAAAACCAGUGCGGAUAAAGAUCUACAUGAUGAACACCAGGUUAUAUGGGAAAAACUUAAACUUAUAGAAAGAGAAAUGUAUGCAGUUCGAAAGACAUAUAAAGACCAUGUUGAAGCAUGUGGGAUAACAAAUGCAAAACUAGCUUCCACGGUGCAUCAGUUGCAAGCAGUAAAUGCUGCCAAUUGCGAAAAUGCAAUUACUAAAACAGGUGUGACUGAAUCAACUACCGCAGAAGAAAAUCCUUCUCCAUGCAGAAAUGCUUCAAAAAGCGGUGUAAUAACUAUUAACGUUAACUAUCAGAACAUAACGCAUCUUAACGUGUGUUGUGAUAUGACCACGGACGGCGGUGGCUGGACGGUGAUACAAAGAAGAAUGGAUGGCUCGCUCAACUUCUUCCGUGACUGGGAAUCGUAUAAGAGAGGCUUUGGUGACGUGACGGGAGAGUUCUGGCUUGGUAACGAACAUCUUUACCAGUUAACUAGCAACCGACCCCGUGAGCUCCGCGUUGACAUGGAAGAUUUCGAAGGAAACAAAGCCUUCGCAAAGUAUUCAUUUUUCGAAGUGCUUCCAGAAUUCUACAGUUAUGCCAUUCGGAUUGACGGUUUUAACGGUUCAGCUGGAAAUUCUUUGAAGUACCACAAUGAUCACGGGUUCAGCACCAAGGACCGGGACAAUGACGGGUCCAGUGGCAGCUGUGCUCACUACUGGCAGGGCGCCUGGUGGUUCGACGAGUGUCUCAGGAGUCACCUGAACGGCGAAUACAAGGUAGAGACCUUGGAGGCGUACAGGGGCAUAGUAUGGGAUGCGUGGAAAGGACCCAAGUACUCAUUGAAGUGGGUUGAAAUGAAGUUUCGCUGACAUCGGAUUGUAAAACAUUUCAACGCUUUAUAUGGUUCACAACAGGGUAACAUGGUGCAUAUAUAUUAGUUAUAGAAAUGUACAUACAUUUAUUAAGAUAUAAUGUUUGCGGUAUUAAAGAAAAACCUCAAGGGAGCCUCUAAAUGCGUAUCAAGUAAAUAACACAAUUUCACAGGAUGGAUUGCUGAACAAAUUUAAUGUUUCGAAACUCAAUCAUAUUUCGUACGCGCUCCUAUUGCAAUGAUUAUGGACACAUUGCGUCGUGUACAUCUUUUGUAAGCCUUACUAGAUUAUACUCUCUUUCUCCCAACAACAUAUCCGUUGAAAUUAAAGUGGCUACUGACAAUAAAAUGUAUAUAUCUAAA